AGCUGAGGCCAGAACUAGCAUCCGCGUCUUGGAGUCUGCUGCCCAUUGUACAGGAGCAUAUCGCUAAACCCCGCCAGACCACACGCAAGGAGCCCCCACUUGUACAACAACUCAAGCACGCCAUGAUCCGGUAGACGAGGCACACCGCCAACAUGUUCCAGGCGCCGGCCAAACAGACGGCAACCGACACCAUCAGCACCCUCUGCGGCCGCCUCGCGAGCGCAACCCUCCUCGAGGACCGUCGCGCGGCUAUCCUCGGCCUCCGGAGCUUUGCAAAGGAGUAUCCAGCGUCGGUAGCCUCGGGGUCCCUCCGCGAGCUGAUCGCAGCUCUGAACCGAGAUGCAGAGGAUGUGGACACAAUCAAGGUGGUGCUGGAGACGCUGCUGAUGCUCUUCAAUCCGAAUGAGCAAAGUCCAGAAGCUUCGGAAGAGAUUGCGCUCUGGCUGGCCGAUGAGUUCACACAGCGGCAAGAUAACAUAACUAUCCUCCUUGGCCUCAUCGACACCGACGACUUCUACUCGCGCCUAUACUCGCUCCAGCUCAUUCGAGCCAUCUCCGACGCGCGACCCGAACGUACCCAGGAAUGUAUCCUCACUGGAGUUGGCAAGGUGGUGGCCACGCUGGACGACCACCGGGAUGCUGUCCGCACCGAAGGCCUGGUCCUUUUGAACGACCUCUCGCGCACCUCGGAAGAGCUCCAGAAGCUCAUCGUCUUUGAAAAUGCCUUCGACAAGAUCUUCAACCUCAUUCAGGCCGACGGGUCGCUCACACAAGGCACCAUUGUCGUCCAGGACUGCUUGUCGUUGCUUGCGAAUCUUGUGCGGUUCAACACGUCCAACCAAACCGCCUUUCGCGAGAUGGGACAUGUGGCAAGGCUCGCAGCCCUGCUUCCCGGGGCCAAGAAACCCAAGAAGGCGCGGCCUGGUAUGGAAGAAGAGGACGAUUGGGUCAGCCCGCAGGCGGACAAGAACCUCUGGGGACUACUGGCCAUCUUGCGCAUGUUUCUGGUCCGUGGCAGUAUCAGCACGCUUCCCAAUCAGAAUGCGUUUGUGAAGCACGGCAUACUGCAGCAAGUUGUCAACAUGGCGUUUGGUCCUGCUUCGGCAACACCUAUAAAGAUUGAGUCCUUGAACGUUUGCGCGGAUAUGAUUAGAGCCAACGCUCGGUUGCAAGAAGGCUUUGCACAGCUACAAGUACGACCCAUCGUCGAGCCUGUCACUAACGGUGCAACUUCUCCGAACGAACCACCAACCGUGUACAUCAUUGAUGCACUUCUCGAUCUUGCUCUCACCCCAGCUUCAAAUGACAUAUUUGAUGUCCGUUUUGCCGCCUGCGAGUGCAUCAAAGCCUACAUCUUCAACCAUCUCCAGAUCAAAGCCCAUUUUCUGCGCAGAGCCAUCGGUGGCCACCUUGAUGGCGCCGACGAGACCGCGAAUGCCCUCACCACCCUACUCAGUGGGCCGCAAAGCUCGCAAGUGAUCGACCCGUACCGGACAUGGUUCGCUGCGGUUCUCGUCUUCCACCUAAUCUACGAUGACCGUGAAGCCAAAAAUGAACUCAUGCAGGUCGUCGAAGGCGAUGCGGAGAGCGGUGAGGAGGUUGUGACAUGCAUCCAGACCUUGACUGGAAACUUGAUCGCAAGCUUGCAGCUUGGAGAGGACGAGCGGAUACCAAUUGCCUAUUUGAUGCUGUUAGCAGGCUGGCUCUUCGAGGACGCCGCCGCUGUAAACGAUUUUUUGGGCGAAGCAAGCAGCUUGCAGAGCCUGAUCCAAACAAUCCAGAAGCCUGGCCAGGAUCUGACGGUUGUUCGCGGCUUGUGCGCGUCGCUACUUGGCAUCAUCUACGAGUUCUCUACCAAGGACUCGCCAGUGCCAAGACGAGACUUGCAAUCGCUGUUGACUUCGAAGCUGGGUCGGGAAAAGUACCUUAAUGCUAUCGCAGAACUUCGCCAUCAUCCUGAUGUUCGGGACUUCGAAGUCAUCCCACAAGCUUCGGGGGGUGCUCUGCCAAAUGUCUUUUUCGAUGAGACCUUUGUAGACUUCUUGAAGGAUAACUUUAGCCGCCUAUCUCGCGCCAUCGAUAGAGACCCUGUCAAAGAGAUCCUUCAGUCGCAUGACGGCAUCGAUCGCGAUCUCGUUGACUCGCUGCGUGGGCAAAUAGACGAAAAGCAGCACGCUAUCGAACAGCUCCAGGCCGAUAAAUUAACACUGGAACAAAAAGUCAACCAGGAGAACGCAGAGCGUCGAAAGAUCGAGGACAAUGCCCAGCAACAACUCCACAAUAUCAAGCGCAUCAAUGAAGAACUCCAUAGGAAUCACGAAAACGACACGAGGAAAGCAGAACGCGAACACAAACAGGCGUCGCUUGAGCUGGAGAACAAGUACAACUUGCAAAUUGUCGCGCUGAAUAACAAGGUGCAACAGGCUACCAAGGAGACUCAAAUUGCAGUGGCAAAGACAAAGCGGGAAUACGAGGACAAGCUUCGUCAAGAAAACAGAGUUCGUGGCGAGAUUGAGGAGCGGCUGGGAGCAUUAGAGCGCAGCCUCCAGGAAGCAGGUCGCGCACACCAGGAGGCGAUGGAAGCCAACAGUGCGCUUGAGAAGCGGCACCGUGACGAAAUCAGCUCUCUUGAACAAAGGCAUCGGGAUGAAGUGGGCGCCGUCACAUUGGAGAAGGGCACGCUCGAGACCCAGAUACAAGAAAACGAAGCGCAGAUCAAGAAGCUCAAAUCCGAGAAAGACGCCCUCCAAAGCACUUUUGACAAGUCCAUCUCCUCUUCGAAGGACCUCCAGUCCACGGUGGACAAGCUCAAGUCCGAGAUUCAGGAGCUUAAAACCAAAGUCCAAGACCAGACAUGGAAGGUCAAGGAUGCGGAAGAGAAGAUGCGUAAGGCUGAUGCCGCGGUCAAAGAAAAGGAUGAGAAGCUGAAGAAGGCCGAGGCGGCAGCCAAGGAGAAGGAAGAGGCGCGCGCGGCGGCGCAGACGGAGUUGGAUGAUUUGUUUGUGGUGCUUGGGGAUUUGGAGGAGAAGAGGGCGAGGGAUAAGAAGAGGCUUAAGGAGCUUGGGGAGGAGGUGAGUGAGGCGGACGAUGAUGACGACGAUGAAGAAGAUGAAGAAGAUGAAGACGAGGAUGAAGAAUAGGUAUCUGCAUUCUUAUAAUGGAUGGAG